UGAACUGGAGAGGAUUUCCGGUGGGAGAGUUAGCUGCAAUUCCUAUUUGGUCACCGAGAGCGUUGCCUUUAUUGGUACCUCCAGCUGGUCGGGGGAGCACUUUACUCACUCAGCCGGCAUUGGAUUGGUCCUCCAGGACAUGGACUACAACAACAACAGUCUGCGCACCGACUUGCUGGCCAUUUUUCAGCGAGAUUGGUUUAGUCCUUUUGCCCUGCCUUUGAAGCCAAAUUUAAGAAUUUGAAUUUAGCUUUUAAACCCGCCGGCACUUUGCAACACUGCCACCAGCUGUUCAUGUCAUAACAAACGUCAGACCUAACCUCAAAUCUUUUGAAGCUAAAAUAAGUUUAAAUUUCUCGCCACUCGAAUAUCUAAAAAAUAAAGCGAACAGAAAGCAUGGCCAACAAGCCAACGCGAGAUGUACUCGGCAUUAUCUUCCAGAACUUCUGGAAGUCCCUGCGACCGCGUCAGUAUCGCGGGGAUCUCAUUGGGGAGGACUACUUCGGCAAUAAGUACUACGAGAUUCCGGCGAAUCCUUCGAUUGGCAAGAGGAAGCCCUCCCGGUGGUUUGAACCCGCGGACAAGGAAGCCUUUGAUCAGGAACUGACCGCCGAGUGGGAGGCGUGGCUGCGCGGGCGCCGGGAGGAGCCGCCCACACGCGAGGAGCUGGUGAAGAACCUGCAGAUCAUGGACAUGAAGAAGCGCAACGCCGCCGAACUGGAGGCCACCUACGCCAAGGGCAAGGACGACAAGGCGCUGCCCAAGCAGGUGGACGGACCCACCAUCGGAACUUUCCCCAAAUACAAGGAGUACGAGUUCAUUCCCGGCAAGGAACCACCGGAGAAGUAA